AUGGAGCUUCUGGUGCGGGUCCAGCGGGCGAACGGCUCCCGGCCUGCAGGCUGCGGCGUGGCUCUGGCUCUAGAGUACUGGCCGCUGUGUGACACGUGGGGGAUCGUGGUCCAGGCCGUGGCUGGAGUGGGUUUGGUCAUCUGUGUGGUGCUGAUGCUGGCUCUGCUGCUGUGGUCAGCGUGUGCGUCCCGCCGGAGGACCAGUGUGCUGGCAGCGCUGCUGCUCUUCCUGUUGGCCACGGCGGGUAUAUUCGCCCUUCCCUACUCCUUCCUCAUUGCUCUGUCUCCGCAGACGUGUCCGGUGCGGGUGUUUGCGUUCGGCGUGUUGUUCAGCGUGGCAUUCGGUGCUUUGCUUGCACGCGGUCUGUCUCUGCUGGGGGUGGCCCUGGCCCGCGGCUGGAGGGAGGUGGGUGUGACUGCGGCGCUGGCGCUGGUGCAGGUGAUCAUAGCCACCGAGUGGCUGCUGGUGGUGCUGGUGCAGGACAAGAGGACCUGCCAGUUUUCACAGCCAGAGUUUGCCAUGCUGCAGAUUUACGUGAUGGUCCUAUUAGCCACGGCGCUGAUGACGGCGCUGCGUUUCCUCUGGUACACCUGUGUCACCUACAGCUACAGGGACAGCGGACAGAUGCAUCGGCAGAACAAAGUGCAGGCGGCUCUGCUGGUCCUGACGCUGCUGCUGAGUGUCUGCGUCUGGCUCGUCUGGAUCACGCUCCUCACAUACGGGAACCGUGCCAUGGGCCGCAGCCCGCUCUGGGACGACCCCGUGAUCAGCGUGGCUCUGGCCGCUAACGGCUGGGUGCUGCUACUGGGACAUGGUUUCACUCAGGUCCGCUUCAUGUGCAAGCACAACGCUCGUACCAAAGACCCACCGCUGGACUUCACGGGCUGGACGAGCCCCAGAACAUCACCAGCGGCUCCACCGGACCUGAACACCGGCACCGACAACGAGGGCUUCCAGACGGACACGGACACGGACCCGGACGCGCGGAGAGGUAACCUCAGAUCAGAUGAACAUACUUCUCAUUCUUGCUUUUUUGUACUGAAUGUGUCUUUAAUAUGA